UUAAAAUUUGUUUUUAGGUGAUGUCGGUGAUGACACCGGAACGGAGACCGGAGCCAAUACGCGUGAAGUCGAAGAGACUCUUAGAACGUCGGGGAUCCAGCGCCAGUUUGACCAUAGAACUGGCGCCUCCACCGGAGAGCCCGCCGCACAUCGUCACGCCGACCCGCGAGUGCACCGCGGAGGAAUUUCUGUUAAGCGCCGGCAAUGUCCUUUCAAGAGCACAAUUGAGAAAAGCUGUGAGCGAUCCGGCGUCGUUGCACAAAGAAUUCUGGGAGGUCCCAUUGAACUUACCUGAGAAGUUGGACAUCUGCGGGUCCGGAGUUAAGAAUAGAUACUGUUCCGUGUUACCGAACCCGCAGUCGAGGGUCAUUCUACCUGGCCCCUCCGAGGAUCCUCUCUCCAGUUACAUCAACGCUAAUUACAUUCGGGGAUACGAUGGAGAAGACGCUCGGUACAUCGCAACGCAGGGACCACUGGCCCACACCGUCGGCGACUUUUGGAAGAUGGUCUGGGCGGAGAAGGUGUCCGUCGUCGUGAUGAUGACUAAAUUGCACGAGGCAGCGAAAACGAAAUGCGACGCGUACUUCCCAUUGGACAAAAACAACCGAGUACAGGUCGGGCCAUUCACCGUCGUCGUCAACUCGAUUAUUUCUAGAGAAGGCUACACGGUCAGAGAUUUGGAGAUCAGACACGAGGGGGAGAGGCGACACGUCCAACAUUACUGGUUUGAUUCAUGGCCGGAUCAUGCGGUGCCUCAAGCUGCGGACACUCUUGUUAGUCUAGCAUCUGAAGUGAUUUCCUUACCAGGCCCUGUGAUCGUCCAUUGCAGCGCAGGAAUCGGGAGGACUGGCUGCUUCAUAGCUUUGGCCACUGGGAUGACACAGUUGAGGCGCGAUGGGAACGUAGACGUUCUAGGCAUCCUCUGUCAAAUGAGAUACGAUCGAGGUGGCAUGGUGCAGACUGCGGAGCAGUACGAGUUCGUCCAUCGCGCUCUGUGCCUGUACGAGCAGACGCUCGACGGUGGGAAGUCGUCGACCUCGGGAGAAUGAAACCACAAGAACGAUGAUCAUGGGAAUUGACAAACGACUGUGGGUCUAUCUUACUUCGUCCUCGAAUGAAACCUGACCUUCGAGACGGGACGGUCUCUAUUAUAACUUAUGCAGGAUGAAUCUUCGUCUAACUAAAUACGCUGCCAUUUCUAUACUGCCAUGACGAAUCGUUGACAAUUAAUAUCAGUCGCUAAGCUCAACAGGAACAGGUAAACGGUUUAUUGACCCGCCGCGCUAUAGCCGCGCUAUUCCUAAACGGAAUUAAAACUGUUUAAAAGGCGGGAAAUUCAAAUCGACUAAAACUUGGUAUCAGGGUUUCGCCUGAAUCGAUCAGGCUUUUAUCGUCUGUGUGUUAUGAAAUAGGGUCCUUGGACACUCGUACUUUCUAUGACAUGAUCGCCGGUCCGCUUUUAGCUUAGCGAAACGAGCGCAGCUGUCCAAUUCGUUGUUGAACAAACGCGGUGGUUGUUGAUUAUUUAAGCUAACGAUGAAAUCGUGGAUUAUGAAAUUUGGGACCCAGACAGAUUCAAAUGUUUUUAAUCCUAUUCGUAGUUCCUAGUUAAUUUUACUGGUUAAAAUGCACCGUUCGUUUCCAUCAACUAUCAAUUAAUUUAUUAUUCGAUCAAAGACUGAACGCAGGUAGUACAAUACGUUUAUUAUAUAAGUUUACAAAUCUCAAUAGAAAUAAUUGCUUCUGUAAUGUACAAAGCAGAACAUUCUCGACUGUCAUAAGGUCGAAUUACUAUUGACUAAAAAUUCUUAAUGUGGUUAGCGAAACGCAGCUCGAAACACUUGUACAGUGUGUAAAAAAAA